AGGCACUCCCAGGUGUUUCAACCGUCAUUAAAUAUUCAAUCGUGUUACGCAAACUAUAUUAUAAGGUUAUAAUGCCCAUUUGUACUGAAGAAAAUAAACCAUUUCACCCUUGAACAACUUUCUGGUAAUUAUUACUAAGCCUCUAAACGCACAUAACAGAGCAGCGCGCGAGCGACUACGCUGGGACGUCGCCGCGUAAUGGCGUCAGACGUCGCGCAAGAGGGUGGUUCGGCCCGAGCUCCGCGGUGUCUUCCUCGGUAAGGGCUGUUGGUAUGGUCGUCUGAUCCCGGUGUUGCCCGGCUGGCUGUUUUGACAGUUACAGAAAUCUCAAGAGGCACUCAGACCCACCGAUGAUACCCCUGUAAAGACCGACUAUACAUGUGCUAGAGCAGUGUCCCUGCCCAGGGUCCUGUGUCACCCUGCCUCUGCCCUUCUACAGGAUGGCUGGCUGCAGUGAAGUUGACCUCACUAUGAACACGCUCCCCUCAGGCCAGAAAAGUGGCAACGAAGUUUGCUCAGGUGCCCCCAGCCUGCCAGUCCCCGAGUGUGCCAUCUGCCUGCAGACUUGCAUCCACCCGGUGCGGCUGCCCUGCAAGCACAUCUUCUGCUUCCUGUGCGUCAAGGGUGCCUCCUGGCAGAGCAAGCGGUGCGCCCUCUGCAGGCAGGAGGUCCCCGAGGACUUCCUGGAGCGGCCGACGCUCCUGUCGCCGGAGGAGCUGAAGAACGCGGGUCAGGGCCGCAACGAGCACGCCUGGUACUACGAGGGCCGCAACGGCUGGUGGCAGUACGAUGAGCGCAGCAGCCGCGAGCUGGAGGACGCGUUCACCAAGGGCAAGAAGAGCACAGAGAUGCUGAUCGCCGGCUUCCUGUACGUCGCUGACCUGGAGAACAUGGUGCAGUACCGGCGUAAUGAGCACGGGCGGCGCCGCAGGAUGAAACGUGACGCUGCCGACAUCCCCAAGAAGGGCGUGGCCGGGCUGCGGCUGGACGCCGAGGGCAUGCGCGAGAGCUCCGCCGAUGGAGCAGACACCACGGGCCUUCAUGGCACCGCCAUCGUGGCUGGAUCUGUACCCCUAAGACCCCCCACCGCCCUUGGGGGCCAGCCUGAGGAUGCCCCCGUAUCUUGGCUCGACACAAGCCCCUCGCUGGAGAGCUCUUUUGCCCAGCUUCAGGUCUCCGACCCGGGGGAACUAGAGCGAGUCAGGAGUGCAGAGGGGGAGGGGGACGAGGACACGACCUCCCCGUCCCGAGGGCCCGGUGGCCCGGACACCGAGGACGAAGACGAGGAGGGGCAGGAGGAAGGCAUGCGGGCCAGACAGAGACUGAUGCUGAUGGCAAAUCUGGAGAGAAGACAUGUGAGAAGGAGCCAAGCAGAGAGGCCGCCCCCUGGUGGCGAGUCUGCCAGUGGCAGUGAGAACUCCAGAAGACCGGAUGGCCAGUGUACAGUGACUGAGGUGUGAAAAGAUUCCAUGGCAGGCCAGUGUCCUCUCUGCUAAACCAACACUCCAGACGAACAGUAAAGGUCUCCUUAAGAAAGAAGUCCUGUUGGAAUUCUAUAUUUUAUUGCCUUGAACCACCCCUUAAGCUGAGGUGUGACUGGAUUUUGGAAUUUAAUUUUCCAGCUGUUUGUCCCCAAAGGGCCUUGAUUGUCACUUACGAUGUUAACUACUCACCUCCCCUUUAAACCCCUAAUAAAUGUUCUGAAUAGUUUCAUAA